CUCGGCGAUUGUGUUUCUCUCGCCGUGAAUAUGGCCGAAGCUGACAGAAAACAAGAGGCCGGUCAGGCAUCUGGUGUGAAACACAGCAUCCAACUCAGCCGAGCCGCGUUGUCAUUCCCCCCUCUGCCUCCUGGCUCGCCAUCGUUUUUUUCUUCGCUCUCCCUCGCUUCCCAGGUUCAUAUUAGCAAGGCCUCAUCCCACACCUCUUGGCUCAUCACCCUCGUCCUUGACUCCCUCCUCACCAAGCACCUCACCCGCUCCUGAACCACUCGCUCGUGCCUCUCAACAUGACACUGGCCUCAUCUGUCGCUUCAACCGUGAUCAGCAACGGCACCAUUCUGCUGUUCUACCAAGACCCCGCAGGCAACAUCCAGCUUACCUCCCGGGACUGGAACUCGUCGCUGUGGUCCCCAAGCACGCUUGUCACAAGGGACGCCAAGUUGUUCACGCCCCUGGCAACGAUAUCCUCGGAUACGCUCUCUCCCAUCCGUUUGAUGUACAUCAACAACCAGCAGACGCUCGCUGAUGUGGAGUGUAUCGGACAGCCAUGUUCCUGGCAGAACGGCACCCUCUCCCAGAAGAACGUUGUUCCGUUCCAAAACACUAGCCUCGCCGUCCCGGCCUACAACUGUACCAACUUUGAUCUGUUCUACCAGGACACCGAUUCCAGUCUCAUGGUCGCCAGAUAUCAGGCGGACAGUAGCUCUCGCUGGAAUAUCACCGAAGUCGGGUACCGAAACUUUCUCCUGGGCUCGAGCUUGGCUGCCUUGGACUAUGAUACAACCCACCAGGUUCGCGUCUACGGUCAAAAUUUGAAAGUCGAGGCGACCGAAUACAUGACCAGCGACAAUUUAGCUUGGUCCACAGGUUCAUUCAAAUAUCAAGUCGGCCCAGAGAAACCUCUCCUGGCGGCCUCAGCGAUCAAUACCACUUCUCUCGUCUCACUGCACGUUUUUACUAUCAAGAACGGCCAGAUCGAGAUGACGUUCCACAAUGGCAGUGCAUCAUGGGCACCUUUGACUUUCAACAAUCAGCAGGACUUCAACAGUCGCAUUCGUACCAUGAAUAUUACAGCAAUAUCUGUCGUCACUCUCAACAGUCCUCAAGAGGCCUCGAACCUAUAUUUUACAAACACACAAGGUCAACUAUGGGAACUCCAGAUGAACCCGGCUUCGGGAACCUGGGAACCAUUGAACAGGACAGUGCUCACAGACAUUGUCCAGCCGCCUCCUGGUCCAACUGGGAUCUCCGGACUUGGCAUUGCCUUCAUCACCUCGGCUGUACUCGCAUGAUUGUUGUCUUGGUUGGCUUUAUCUUCCGCAAGAGAAUCAUCAAGCGUUUCAAGAAGGAGCCCGCUCUUCCUUCAGCGGAUCUUGAGACAGCCGCCGCCGCGCCGACCGAAGUGACUCCUGUCCCAGUUCAGCCAGCGGUUCAACCAGCGAUUCCGCCAGCUUCGGCAGC